AUGGUCUUGACGGUUCUCACCGACGACCAGAUCAGGGCGAUCCUGGCCGACCUGACAACCGACGAGUUUGAAGGCUUCAGAAGGAUCAUCUCAACAGCGCUCCACGAAUACUCGACCAACACCCACAACAUCGAGGAUGGUACAUAUCACCAACCGGAGCGUAUGUCGACCGAGAAUCUCAAAACGGGCUCGACGACCUUGUACAUGCCCUCGGUCGGGCCGCAGGGCAUGGGAUGCAAAGGCAAGCCUCACGCAGCGACCCAAGACGCCUCAAAGCCAACCAUCCAGCCCACAGGUGCCGUGACCCUCCUCUCCCCCGAGGGACAGCCUGUCGGCUUCCUCCACGCAAAGACUCUGACAGCCUUCCGCACCGCCCUCACCUCGACCUGUCUCCUUGCACGUCGAGGGCAGGUCAAGACCGUCACCGUCUUUGGCGUCGGUCUCCAGGCCUAUUGGCAUGUCCGCCUGGCCCUGCUCAUCCGCGGUUCAACCAUCAAGCACGUCAACGUGAUCAACCGCCGCUUCUCCGACCAGGCGCGCGGCUUCCUCCGACAGUUCUAUGAGGUGCCCGCGCACAUCAAGGAGCGCGAAGGCUGGGGCGAGGCCACGUUCAGCAUCCUCACUCCCGGGUACGGAGAGUUCAAGCGGCUGCAGAGGGAGCAGAUCCGCGACGCCGAUGUGGUGUACUGCUGCACGCCGUCGACGGAGGACCUGUUCGAGGCCGAGGUACUGACGAACCACGAGGGCCGAAGGAAAGGGAGGCUUGUUGCGGCUAUUGGGAGUUAUACGCCGAGCAUGAGGGAGUUACCCGAGGGGUUGCUGCUCCAGGCGACGAAGCAUGAGAAGCCUCACUGGCAUUUCCACAAGCAUGCCCCCGAGGGCGGUGUGAUUGUGGUGGAUACAUUGGACGGGGCGCUCAAGGAGGCCGGGGAGGUUAUUGCGGCUGGCUUGCAGCCGACGCAGCUCGUUGAACUCGGCGAGCUCAUUAUGCUGCGCCGCAUGCACGAGGAAGAGGAGGCUGUCGAGACCGAGACCGGCGGCGAGACGGCGAGCAUCGCGCCGUCGGAGCUCGACAAGCUCGACUUCUCGGGUACGCCUUCCAUCAAGUCGGCCUUCACGGGGUCCGACGGGGCGUCCGUGUCGGAUUCGCGAUCGUCCAUCAGCAAGGACUCGACCACCGGUAGCCACAGCAGCAAGGGGCCGAGCAUGCUGCGCCGGAGCUCGAGCCAGAGGUCUUCCGAUAAGCACAAGAAGGAGGAUGCCCUGGUCAAGUGGCUCCGGGACGGGACGGUGAUUUACAAGAGCGUCGGUUUGGGGUUAAUGGAUUUGGCAGUCGGUAUGCACAUGGUCCAACUCGCGCGGGAGAAGGGAAUCGGGACGCAGGUUGAAGGAUUCUGA